CAAGCUUACUUCCAAGCACUUCGCUCCCUGACGUCGGACUGGAGUCGACUACAAAAGCGCGCCAUGCUCUUCCAUCUAGAGGUACCGGUUCCCUUGAUGACCACCAGCUCGCUCACUGCCUAGGUCUGCCUCUAGAAGCUCUGCCGGCCCUCUUACACCAAGCUCUCGAAAAAUGCGGCACUUCGCCAGCUACUCGGCCUUGCUGCCGCUCCUCGCGGCAGUCGCAGACGCCGCCACCACCAUUUUGUUCAACGGCGGCACCAUCGUCGCCUUUGACCGCCAGUCUGAGGGCCUGCGCGUUAUCCGCAAUGGGUCCCUCCUGGUGCGUGACGACCGCAUCGCCGGCGUCUACGACUCGGCCCCGACCGAUAUCCCAACCGGGGUCGAGAUCGUCGACGCCACCGACAAGAUCCUGACCCCUGGUUUCAUCGACACGCACCGCCACGGCUGGCAGACGGCAUUCAAGACGCUGGGCUCCAACACCUCCCUCGUCGAGUACUUUGGCCGCUUCGGCGAGUUCGCAUCGGCUGGUAAGUGGACCGCCGAGGACGUGUACAACAGCCAGCUGGCCGGGCUAUACGAGGCCGUUAAUUCCGGCGUCACCACCAUGCUUGACCAUGCCCACCACACAUGGGACAGAACUACAUCAAAUGCCGGCCUGCGCGCUAGUAUCGAUAGUGGUAGUAGGGCCUUCUGGGCCUUCACCUUCCACAACACGAGCACGACCGACAUACCCGCCUUAACCCGCGUUUUCCGGGAAAUCGCGCAGAACGCCUCGUUUGAGGGCUCGCCAACCACCCUGGGCAUUUCGUACGACGCAUGGGGUCCCAACCCCAACAUCAACGAGGUCAACACCAUCAUGGACCUUGCCAAGGAGUUCAACGUCUCCGUCAUCACUACGCAUUCGCUGCAGGGGCCCUGGGGCAUCACCAACUCUCCCGAAGACCUGCACGCGCUCAACUACCUCAACAUCUCCAUCCCCAUCGUCUUCUCGCACGCCUCGUUCUUGACGGCCCAGGGCGCGUCGCUGCUGCGCUCGACGAACCAGUACAUCUCCAUCACCCCCGAGUCCGAGAUGCACUACGGCCACACCCACCCGGUCAGCUACCACAUCCAGGACCAGGCCGCGCUCGGCGUCGACACCCACUUCACCUUCAGCACCGACAUCCUGACCCAGGCCCGCAUCUGGCUGCAGCAGGCCCGCUACGAGGCCUUCGAGGACGUGCUCGACCGCUGGGAGCUGCCCGCCAACAACCCCAUGAGCGUCAACCAGGCCUUCCUGCUCGCGACCCGCAACGGCGGCCUCGCCCUGCGCCGCGACGACCUGGGCGUCAUCGCCGAGGGCGCCAAGGCCGACAUCGUGGUCUGGGACGGCGGCUCGCCGGCCCUGCUGGGCUGGACCGACCCCGUGGCCGCCGUCAUGCUGCACGCGAGCGUCGGCGACGUCGAGUCCGUCGUCGUCGACGGGAAGUGGGUCAAGAAGGAGGGGAAGCUCACCGUCGGCGACUACAAGUCGGUCCGCGCAAAGUUCCUGCAGACCGCCAAGAGGAUACAGGACAUCUGGAGGAACACGCCGCUGCCGUCGCCCGAGGAUAUGCAGGCGCCGUUCCCGUACCCAAUCGGCAAGGCCAAGACCGCUGACGUCAAGCGAGGCGACGGGGAUGGCUACGGCGAGGUUCAUAUCUAAGGAAUGCGCCGGUCCAACCAAUGGAAGGAUGCCGUAGUGACUAGACUAGAUGCAAUAAUGAUAAUUAAUGUAUACAUCCA